ACCCAUAAGCUUUCACUCACUCACUUCCUCUACACUCCGAAGACGAAACUCCAAUUCAACGAUAAGAAAGAAGAAAAAGAGAGAAAAUACAGCAAAAUUAUUUUUUUCUUUUUUUCUGGGUACAAAUUAUUUUACCUACUAAAUAAAUUCAUCGUUCAGUUUAACUGCUAACUAUAAUCCAACUCUUCUUCCUUCCUUCAACUGAAAAAUCCGUUUUUUUUUUUUUUUUUUUUUUUUCUAUUUCUUUAAUAAUUCAAAAUUAUAUAUAUACUAUUUAUUUGUAAUUAUUAUUGUUGCGGCAAAAGAGAUUUGUGUGUAGUUAGUGUUGGAGUGGAGAGGAAGAAGAAGAAGAAGAAGAAGAAGAAAGAAGAAGCAACAAACAAAAAUCCAAACCCUCUUCUUCUCCACCACCAUUUUUGGUGUUAAAAAGCACAAAAACAACAACAGAAAAAUCAGAUCCUUGUUUGUCUGAUCCAUCGGAAACUUUUGCUCCAACAAACCGUUCGAUCCAAAAUUAGAAUGCAAAAUGGGGAAGAGGACUGGUUGCCGAUCCAAGCAAUGAAACAAAUUAGCUGUUUUCGGUUCUGUGGAGAGUGAUCGAAAAUGGUGUGAGCUAUCAGUGAUACGGAGGAAAAGAAUCUUUUUUUUUUUUUUGGUGGGGGGCAUUGUUUGGAGAAAAGUGGAUCCGAAAGAGCUAUGGAGUCUAGGAUGGAUCAUUAUGAGAUCAUGGAGCAGAUCGGCCGUGGAGCUUUCGGCGCCGCCAUUCUUGUUAAUCACAAGGCCGAGAGGAAGAAGUAUGUUUUGAAGAAGAUCCGGCUGGCACGCCAAACGGAACGGUGCCGGCGAUCGGCUCACCAAGAGAUGGCUCUUAUUGCUCGAAUUCAACAUCCUUACAUCGUUGAAUUUAAGGAAGCUUGGGUUGAGAAGGGCUGCUAUGUUUGCAUCGUCACUGGAUACUGUGAAGGUGGAGACAUGGCUGAGUUAAUGAAAAAGUCAAAUGGCGCAUAUUUUCCAGAGGAGAAACUCUGCAAGUGGUUCACGCAACUACUACUGGCAGUAGAAUACCUGCAUUCAAAUUUUGUGCUACACCGUGACUUAAAAUGUUCUAAUAUCUUUCUUACAAAGGAUCAGGAUGUUCGUCUUGGGGAUUUUGGACUUGCUAAGACUUUGAAGGCAGAUGACUUGGCUUCUUCAGUAGUCGGAACUCCCAAUUACAUGUGUCCUGAAUUGCUUGCAGAUAUUCCAUAUGGAUUUAAAUCUGAUAUUUGGUCUCUAGGAUGCUGUAUGUAUGAGAUGGCUGCUCAUCGACCUGCUUUUAAAGCUUUUGAUAUGGCAGGACUGAUUAGCAAGAUCAAUCGUUCUUCCAUUGGCCCUUUGCCUUCCUGCUAUUCCCCAUCCUUAAAGACACUUAUCAAGGGCAUGCUGAGAAAGAAUCCUGAGCAUCGGCCAAAUGCAUCCGAAAUUUUGAAGCACCCUUAUUUGCAGCCUUUUGUUGAUCAAUAUCGUCCAUCCUUUGGUCCAACAACAGCCUUUUCCCCAGAGAAGCCUUUAUCUGCAGGCUGUGAUUCUCGGAGAAAUAUGGCUGAAAGCCAAAACAGUAGCAGUUCAAGCAGUGACAAAGAUAGUUUGCUUUCAAGUGAUAAAAACAUUCCAGCAGUGGUGCCAAACUGUGAUAAUAAAGGUAUAGAGACAGAUUUGGCUUCUGUUGACGAUGAAGAUGGCUCCAAGCAGCUCCAACCUUCCAAAGAAGAGCAUUGCCCCAGUAUUUGUACUGUUAAAAUGGAUGAACAAGAUAUGAUGAGACCUUCUCACCAUGAACAGAGAUCUAAUGUUGAAGCAAAGCAACCUAAAACCAUAAAAAAUAUAAUGAUGGCUUUGAAAGAAGGAAAAGUUAGGGAAAAUUCUCCAAUGAGAAGCAAUCGUUCGAAGGCUGUAGGUGUGUCCACCCAAAGAACUAAUUCAGAAGCAUUGUCUAAAAUUCCCAAGCUUAGUGCUGUUGCUCCUGGUUUCAAGUCUAAUACUGAUAUACCACCUAUUGCACCACCCAAGGUAGCCUUGGAUUUUGCAAAGCGUAUUCAGGGAUCACAUCCUUUAAAGCAUCAGUUACCAACAAUUGACUCCUCACCAAAAACUAAACCUAGACAUGAUGGUACUCCUCCACCCUGCCCUGCAAAACAAGUCGACGAAGGACUUUCUGCUAAGCCUAGGCAAAAAACACCCCCAUCUAUGGUUAGGCGUGCUACAUUUCCUCCACGAGUGAAGCAAGUCGCGCUUGAUGCUCCAAAUGUGCUGAACAAUGCUAUUAAGUUAGGUACAAGUGAGACACCUGAAGAGGCUGAAAGGUCUACUUAUCAAGUACCCAAUGGUUGCCUAAAAGGUCUUUCCAGGGAGAUGAGUCCAGAACCGCAAAAGCCCCAACAAGGAGGUUCCAAAGGAAUGCAAACUGAUAGCAGCAAUUCUGUCUCAUCAUCGGUGUCAAUUCAAGCGUUUGAGCUUUUUGAUGAUGCAACAACUCCUUUUAUUGACAUGAGUGAAGAGAUGCUUGAUCAUGAUACUGCCGCCCACGAUGAGAAUAUGGAAUCUUGUCCGCCCACCUGCACCCCUACUGCUCAUUUGCAUUCUGUGGUGACUGGAAACGAGUCUGGUGAACAGUAUGGUCAUGAGCAUAAGUCUUCAACGUGCUCUGUUCAAACCUCAGAGACUGAAGAUCUUCAUAGUACAAAUGCUGAUAAUGAACAACUGAGAGACUCUGUAGCUCUUGAUCUCUCAGUUCCAAGUUCCAGCGAAAGAUUUAUUUGUAAAGAUGAUUCCCCUACAAGUAGAUCCAGUUAUAGGCCUGACACAGUGAUACAGUCAAAUCAUACAUCUACAUCUACUGGGGAUGACAAGUUUACCGUAAGGGAACUCCUAUCCUCAGUAGGAGAAGCUGUCCCUUCAAUCCCUCCUCCCAUUUCAUCAAAUCAACAAGGUUUGCAGCUAGAUAAAGGAAAUGUUUUGCAAAAUCCGCAUAUUGACAAGGCUACCAGUGCUCAUCUUCCUCCAGCUUUUGACGAUGUCAUACAUGUCAUACGACAUAGUAGUUUCCGUGUUGGGAGUGAGCAGCCUGUAGUAGAACCUAAGGAGAUGGGGGUUCAAAAUGUUGAUGUUGGUAAGCUAAUAAAUGUAGUAAGGGAUGAACUGGACAUGAGAAACAUAGCAGCUCCUGCAACUGUCAAGUCAUCAAGUAAUUCUGAAACUGCGAGUGUGAAGUCAAAUAUUUCUGAGCACUUGGCUACAAAGGAGACGGAAAUUAAAAACCCUAUUUCUCCUCGAGUUGAAUCGGAUUCCUCCGAGUCAACAAAGACCAACUCUCCUGUGAACGAUGAGCACACACCGGCAAAGGAAACUCUGGAUGUGAAUUCAUUUAGGCAGAGGGCAGAUGCACUUGAAGGGCUAUUAGAACUGUCAGCAGAACUGCUGCAGCAUAAUAGAUUGGAAGAGCUUGCAGUUGUUUUGAAACCUUUCGGAAAAGAUAAAGUUUCCCCAAGGGAAACUGCUAUCUGGUUAGCAAAGAGUCUGAAAGGAAUGAUGAUUGAGGAUGUUGGACGGAGCUCAUGAGGUUUCAAAUCCAUUGAAAGCUUUUUUCUCUAUUGAUGUUUCUUGAAAUUGGUCUAGUAACUCUCAUCGCUCCUUUUUUUUUUUUUUUUUUUUGUCCUUAUGAUCCGUGUAAUUCUUUCAAUGCAUUUUGUUGUUGUACAUAGAGACCAUAAAUUAAUAACAUUGGUUAGCAGUCUUAAUGAAUGAUAUGCUUCAGCUUGCAGUCAAUGCAGCCAAU